AAAACAGCCCUGCAAUAUUCCCAAAACUCAGCCCAUAACUGAAUGCUAAAACCGUAAAUAUCCCAAAAAGCUUAACCGCGAGGGGCAGUCGUUGGUAACGAACUUAACAAACGCUCACGUUCCUCGUUUUCUCGAUCAGUUUUCCGUUUCCAUUUUCUCUGCAAAAUGAAAUUCUCAGAGAUGAAACUCCAGGCCAUGAAUGUUGUGAAAUCGUACUUCAAAAGGAAUUGGAAGAAAACAGAUAUGAUGAAUUCUGGUGAAAUUUCUCUGCUCGCUCACAAAAGCUUGAAGAAGGUGUAUCUUACUCUCUUCUGUGCCAUGUUGAGCUUUACUUUUGGAUCCUUCUUGAACUUGAUCUGGGAAGCUGGGGGGCUGUUCACAGUCUUUUAUUCUGUAGGAAGUUUACUCUGGCUUUACUUUACACCACCAUGGAGAGUGAAGAAGAGGGUUUUACUCUUGAUGUUUGCAGCCUAUUGCUCCGGUGCUUCUAUUGGCCUUUUUACCAAAUAUCUCUUUGAAAUCGAGCCAGGCCUUGUUGUCGGCCUUUUGUCAGGUACAACAAUUGGCAUUGGAACUUUCUGGUUUGGAGCUAUGUUAACAAGGGAAAGGAGCGAAAUCUACAUCGGUUGCCUGCUUUAUUCUUGUAUUCUAAUGUUCUCCAGCUUUUUUGUCAAAGCUUUUGAUAUCCUUGACAGCCACACAGCUCAUUUGAUGAUAAAGGUAUACACUGUGCUGACAUUGUUCAUGGGGUACUAUGUAGUAUAUAGCCAAGAGAUAUUGUAUAAUGCUCGCUAUGGAGAUGUUAACUUUGUCAACUGCACAUUCACCGUGUUCUUCCAUUUACCGGCUAUUGUGGUCCAUGCUACAAGAGUAUACCUGGGUGCAGAAAUUGAGCAACACAGACAGAAUUAAAGCUGAUACACUUGGAACUAUAAUAGAAUAAAUAGAGAGUACUAUGCGCUUUAGCAGAUGGGGAACUGUAAAUGAUGAAAAAAUAUUCCUUUGCGGCUACAUUUGGCUAUUGAAUUUGAAAUUGAAGACUUGAAGUGCUUUGAGUAUUUCUCGGCAAAUACUGAUUGUUGAUUACCUUACCACAUAGAUAUACUUUGUGAUUAAGAAAAUCUUGAAUAGAAUACACAUAA